UGUAGUUCUGUUCCGGGACACCGCAGCUCCUCCACGGUGUCUUCUACUCUCAUGUCCCCGGUUCGUCCCCUCCGUCUCCUCGGUCCACAGCCCCGCUCCUACCCGCCUCCCCGAGCACUCUCCCCGGACUGAAACAGGAAGCUCUCCCCGGGGCUCGGUGCUCCGGCUGGGUCUGAACUGAGCCGGGGCUAGCUGGGAGGCUAGCGGGGUGUUAGCAGCGCAGCGGCCGGGAGAAGGCUCGGUCCGGUCGGACACAAGGAGCCGAGCUAUGGGAGGAGGGAGCCACAGCCAGGCGGUGGAGGAGAAGACAGCGACCCGGGGCCAGAGUGAAGUGAACAGACGGCUGAAGUACGUGAGCCUGGUCGUGCUCGUGUUCCAGAACGCGUCGCUCAUCCUCAGCAUCCGAUAUGUGCGCACGCUGCCGGGCGAGCGCUUCUUCACCACGUCGGCCGUGGUCAUGGCGGAGAUCCUGAAGGUCCUGACGUGUCUGCUCAUCAUCCUGCUGCAGAAGAGACUGAACGUGAAGAAGACGGUGUUGUUCCUGCUGGACGCCAUCGUGUAUCAGUACAAAGACACUCUGAAGCUCUCCGUCCCUUCACUCAUCUACACGCUGCAGAACAACCUGCAGUACAUCGCCAUCUCCAACCUGCCCGCCGCCUCCUUCCAGGUGACGUAUCAGCUGAAGAUCCUCACCACAGCUCUGUUCAGCGUGAUGAUGCUCAGGAAGUCUCUGUCCAAAGUCCAGUGGGUUUCUCUGCUGCUGCUGUUCGCUGGAGUCGCCAUCGUACAGGUGCAGCAGCAGGAGGGGAACAAGGAGGCGUCGGACGGCUCCAAUCAGAACUACAUGGUGGGUCUGAUCGCCGUGGUGAUCAGCUGCCUGUCCUCGGGAUUCGCUGGCGUUUACUUUGAGAAGAUCCUGAAGGGGACCUCGGCCUCCGUGUGGGUGAGGAACGUGCAGCUGGGGAUCUUCGGCAUGGCGCUCGGCAUGCUGGGACUGUGGUGGAACGACGGCCCGGCUGUUGCCGAGCGCGGCUUCAUGUUCGGCUACACCGACAUGGUGUGGUGCGUCAUCUUCAACCAGGCGUUCGGCGGGCUGCUGGUGGCUGUGGUGGUGAAGUACGCCGACAACAUCCUCAAGGGCUUCGCCACGUCCUUCUCCAUCAUCGUCUCCACGGUGAUGUCCAUCUACCUUUUCAGUUUCCAUGUGGACCUGCUCUUCACGGUAGGGGCGGGGCUUGUCAUCGGUGCUGUCUACAUGUACAGCCUCCCCAAAGCGCCCGGCGGCGGCUCCUCGUCAUCAUCGGUGUUACCGAAGACAAGUGGAGUCGAUGAGUUGGAGGCGUUUCUGCCAAAACAUAAUGGAGAUGGCGUGACUCCUCCCCCUUCGUCCACAGCACAGUCCAACUGCUGAAAGCACAUCAGCAGCAGGAGGAGGAUGAGGAGGGGGAGUAGGAGGAGGAAGGAGAUGCUGUGUCUCAGAUACCCUGACAACCAUCUGACUGUCUGUCUCCUGUGUAAUCGCCCUCUCUGCCUUAAACUCUUCACUAACUGAAUGAACAGAGGAGAAGCCUUAAGCUGAUUAUAGAUAAUAUAUUGAUUAUCAUUGUUGUUGAAGAUGAACCAAUCGAGCGUUUUCACUGUGCAGCCGACACACGAACAGCUGCAGCUCAGACGGUUGUGAACAUCAAGACUGAGACCAAACAUUCAGUGUCUAAAAAGUCUGAAAACGGAGAAACGUGUCCAUCACAGUUUCCCUGACGACUCCUAAAGUUAAAAUAAUCAUUUGUUGAAAAGGGACGUAGAUGGUUAAACUCUAAAACUUCAGUUUCUGACGAUGAAGACGAUUGGUGUGUUAACCAGACAGAGGCUCCGCCCACACUUUUACAUUUUACUUAGCUCACCACCGUUGCUAUGGUUACAGCUGCCAUCCACACCACUCUGGACUUUUCCAGCCUCUGAAUCAGAGACUUUUAUAAACGCUGGUGGUCUCGUUUUAGUUUGAAAACUCUGGGUUCGUGCUUAAGUCUGGACAAACAGAAACUGAGAUGCCCACGUCCACCUUCUGAUUGGUUCUUAUCAGUCACAUGACUCGACCACCAGUGUUGAAUACAAAGCGUCGCUAACACUUCCUGUCAGUAACAGUUCCACCUCGUCGUCGCUCAGAGAAAAUAAAUCCCUGCUCUGUUCCUUCUCCAGUCCACUUCCUGUUCACAUCACAUGACCAGUGGAUGUGACUGGUUGUUAAAAGUUAAGAGAUGAUGUGAUGAUGCAACACGAGGUCAUCACCUGUCGGUCAUGUGACGUAAUGUUGAGGAACUAAAGGUGAAAACAUCAGUGAUUUUAAUCCUCAUCAGUUUCGUAAUUUUAAAUCCUAGAUUGUUCAAAUAUACUCGAUCGCAUCAGAACUUUGUGUUCGAUCUCAACACGGAUGUUUUUAUGUGUCACACCUUUUUUUAAUUGAAUGAUUAUUUAUCAAUUGCUCUCAUGACUGUGCUCCAUUGAUCGUGUUGGUUUCUGACCCGGAGGCGGGGCUUUGUCGUGGGCGUGUUGAUUUUGAUGCACAGUGAAAACGUCUCGCGGAUCGAUACAGUUUCCCGUGGGUUGGUGUCUGUGCUGCGGCGCCGGUCUGCAGACGCACUGUGUGCUCGGUGCCUUUUCCUCUCAUCUGUACAGAAGCCAUACGCCGUGUGGUCGCUGAGACGUUCACGCCAACGUCGUCUUUGUUCUGCUUUCGAUGACCGAACCAGCUCGUCCCAACACCUGAAGGUGCUGAGCUCUGUUCAGUUUGGCGAGCAGGUGCGACGGCAGCUGACGGAAUGUGCUCGUUGCUCGGAGCACCGUUAAUUCACCAGUCACAGUAAUCAUAAUGUUUGUUCUCACCAAAACUGUCCUGCUGCAGGCGUCUCGUUGAAGACGACGUCCUGCGGCGGUGUCCUGAAUGUUCUUCUGCUUGUGUGUGUGGAUCAUAGUCCAGGUGGAUGAUGGGAAGUUGUGUUCCUGCUUCAGUCGAGCUGCUUCUUGGCGUUUUUAUGUUGU